CUAAGCUGGAGUAAGUACAAUUAACGUAUCAGCUGUCUUACCAUCUACAGUUACUCCCCCUUCCUUUUCCUCUAAUAAAAACAAAAUCCUGACAAUUCGUUUCCCCCCUCCCGCCAGAAUUCACUAAUCUCUUACAUCAGUCGUUUUCCCUCCCACAUCACAAAUGCGAAGUAAGUUUCGCAUUGUAUUUUAACUUUUCGUUUAUCAGAAUUAAGAAUUACGUUUACCCACUUCUAAUUUUUUUUUCAUUAUCAUCUUGGUAGAAUACUGGCAAUAUUUGUUCAAGUGAUAAUAUAACUUUUAGGUAUAGUUUCGAAGCUGUUGUUGCUACCACCGUUUCCCCACCGUUUCAUUCAUAUUAUCAGUGUUGUUGCUAGGUACGCACAUCCUUGGUCACACCUUGUCAUAAGAAUUGCACUCUGGUGUUUAAAAGAGAAAUCUGAAGACAUUUUAGAAAACCAAGAGAUAUAGUUACCAGGAGUGUUUGUCCAAAACAAUAUCACAUCACUGGAUGCACCAAUGUAGAGCAUCUAAAUUCCUGCAGUGGAUAACUGUGGAUCUUCAGUAUGAAUCUGUGAAGUUGUACUCCAGGUGGUUCCAAGCCGUUGAGAAAUUUACUGAUGCCCACCAUGAAGAAAAGCCAGGCUUUGAUCUCUGAUGCCACCGAUUUAGAAAGUGGCAUUGUUAAUCCUGCCAUGGGAGCUGACUUAGAGAUGACUGAUGUUGCUUCAAGACCUCCCACCCAGGUCACUGAAGAGACAGAAGUGGAGUCCUUCAUGCUCAACCUAACUGCACGCAGACGUCGGAAACAGAAAGAGCUUUCUCAGACAACACCGGAAUCGUUGGAGAGACUGUCGGACGAAGUUCGGUCUGUGAAGCAACGGAGUCGUAAGGCUCUCAACGAAAACAGCAGGUCAUCAUUAAGUUCCCAACCCCUCAGCACGAGUUACAGUGCCACAUCGUCAGUAAGUGCCUCAUCGAAAAACCUCACUGACGAUUCAGAAAAAGAAGGAGUUGUCAAGCAAAAUGCAGAUGGCAAACCUGUGCCAAGACCUCGGGAUGGAUCAAAGCAGAAGCAGAAGAUGAGGAUUGAAGCCGGAGCCAAUGAAGAGGAAACGAAUGCUACAGAUAGAUCUCUGCAGAAGAAAAACUCAGAGGAACUUUCUAAGACAACAGAUUCUGAAAGCGAUGAAGUUGACAAGAGACACAGCAAAAAUGGUGCACCUGGUGAUGAUGAUGAGAAGGACGAGGACGAGGACGAGGAGCAGGAGGAAGCGGAGGAGGAUGAUGGUGAUGAAGCAAUGGAUAUGGUAUUGAGCAGAUCAACCAUCAGAGACAAAAUCAAGUCACUGCGAGAGAAGGCAAAGAUGGCUGCUGCGUCUGAAGUCCAACAAGAGGAACAGCAAGAAAGGAUGAGUAAAAUACGACACUUUGAACCACAGUUUAAAUCGAAUUUGGAAAAAGAAGAGAGAGAACUGGAACGAAGGACAAAAGAAGCGACUGACAAAUUGUUCCAGAGAUGGAAGAGACAGAAGUCUUCUGCUGUGGCGCAGAAACAGUCAGAGAUAACAGCAAAACAGGGUUACGAUUUCUUCACUCAAACUUGGGAAGGUUCGUCCAUGCUGUCGACAGAAUCACCAUCAGUGCAAUCAGCAGAUGCUGCAAAGCCCACCACCCCUGAUGACAAUGGGGGUAACAAGGGGAAAAUACGUGAUGCGGCUGGGAUAGUGGUGCCUGGAGAGAGAAGAAGGUCUUCGGCUGGAAGCAGGGGAAAAGCAGAAGGCAAGACAAAAAAGGAGAAGGGCAAAGGAAAGGAAGGUGGAAGCAGAAGAGUCAGCAAAGACAGUACAAAGGCAGAAGAAGAGGGGGAGGAUGAGAUUGACAACGGUUACUAUGAAGAUACAUAUCCACUUCUGGGUAACAUCUCUGAGAAGGACGGCUGCAGUUACUAUCACAUGACGAAAGCACAAAAAAUCUGUUACACCUCACAGGUAAAGAGUGAAGCAGAGAUAUACUACUACCCGUCAUCAAGCUCAAUUCCACCUGCAGAAAAGCUAUCUGGGUCCCAGAAAGAGGCACGCAACCUUGUUGAUGAGGGGUUCUAUGUUGGUUCACCACCUAGUGUUGCUACUAGCAACCGCAACCGAAUGGAGCAUCGCCUAAUUCAAGGAAAACAUGUGGACAAAAAGUGGUUUGGAGAGGAUGGUGAAAUUAUCACCUUGCCAGACCCUUUAAAGUUGACUCCUUCAAGGCCUCCUGUCCCUGAAGAAGAGGACUCUAAUUUUGGAGUCGUCUACACCAAGGCUGAAGUUCGUGAGUUCGACACACGUCUGAUGUCUGGCUGUGCAGACAACGACAGACAUUACCAAUUGGACAUAGACAUCAACAGUAUAGUGUUUAGUCAACACCACCUGUUUAGUAUGGAACAUGUUCUUGCCAAUAAAUUACUUGCCCUCUACCAACAAUACUCAAAGAUAAUGAAGAAAAACAGCUUAUCCUUCCUUACCAAAAAGUUGAAAGCUGUGAAGACUUCAACCUUACAUUUGCAAAAUUAUUUACAGAGCAAAGAGGAUCUCUCUGAAGAAGACAAAGCUAAUUAUAGGCAGAGAUUAAACGAUUAUAAAACAGAAAUACGGCAAAUCCGUAACCAAAGAGACCAUGAGGAACAAUGUUGCCACAGGCUAGUCAAAGCCAUCAUUCAAACCUGGAAGAAUAUCAAACACCUGAGAGAGAAACAGCAGUUUGUGGCCACCUCAAUUAAACUCACUAUCUGCAAGCAGGAAAUGGACCGAGACCAAGAUGACCAGCAGUGGAGGCAAGAGAUUGAGGAAGAGUUAGAGGAGGCCCGUGAGGAGUAUGAAGAGAGUUAUCAGCAGAAACUCAUUGAAUACCAACAGGAGCUGGAAGAAUGGCAGAAAAAACAGCAGUUAAGGAAAGAAGCUGUUAAACGCAGGAAUAUGAAAGCAAAGAAGAAAAAGAAGUCACGCACUGAGGAUGAUGAGGAGGAAGAAGAGGAGGAUGAACAAACUGUGAAAGAUGAAGAAAUACUGGCUGAAGAAACAACAUCCAAACCUGUGUGUCCUGAGGCAUUUGAUGAACGAGGGACGCGAGAGAGCAUCAGAUCCAAAGCUCUAGAGUGUCGGAGGCACCCAGGUACACCAAAGUUAUCACCUGAGAUCACUUAUACGGCUAAUGUUACCCCAGCAGCAGAUUGUCCCAGGAUUGAACAACGGCGAAGGAACGACGUGUCAUCUUGUAGAUUAUUUAUCAAGGUCCUCUUUAAUGAUAAACAGGUUUUACAGACUAACCAAAGGUUUCUACUCGAAGACUUCAGAGUGAACUUUGGUCAAAUUUACCACUUGAAGAUUGUACAGUGGCCAGAGAGUAUAAAAUUACAGAUCUAUGAGGCUCGCACACUCAGCAGUACCCUACUCUCACAGCUCUACUUGGCUAUCCCAGAAACCUCUGUUACCACUGACAACAUCACCAUCGAACAGCAUGACUUCAGCAGUGACAUCAGCAUUCAAUUUACCCACAAUGCAGUUGGCAGUGGUGUUGCUAUUAACGUGGAUCCUCUCUCUUCAGAGAGUACUUACAUCAACACUACAGGCUCUGUACUUUGUAGUGUCGCCUGGGCAAUAGGAGACGACGGUCUACCCAUGGCACCCUCUCCUCAAACCAGUCUACUCACCAAACUACAAUGCCUGUCCCACAAACUCGACCCCCUGGCAGCCAUUGGUGCAUCAGGGAUCAUGGACCUGGAAAAACUCUCCAAGUGGGUGCGUACUGCUCGCCUUGAUCCUAAUGAUCCCAACAAUGCUGAUCUCAUGUUUCUACUGCGACCCCACAUUGAUGACAAAAGCCAACUCAGGGAACAGACGUUCUUUAGAUUGGAGCCCUUCCAGGAGGAGUUUAACUUCGCUACAGAUGAAGAAAUUCUCCAAAGCUCCCGAUUCAGGCUACUUCGCCUCCGUCAGCACGAGGUGCGAGAGUUCUGUAAUUAUUCUAUGGUGCCCGCUCUCGACAAAGAGAUCCCUAAAAGUGUCUUUAAGGAAUAUGAGCUGCGUAAAAAAGAAGAGGAGAAACUGCAAUUCCAGGAGGACAUUGAGACACAGCGGGCCUUUGUCGGACGAUACAAAGACAAGCUUCAUGAAGAGAUGUUAUCCAGAUUCCGUGUUGCCGUCCAUCGUAAGAGACAGGAGGAAAUUGUUAUUGAGGAGGCUUCGCCCAGCAUCAAUAUGAUAGGCAAGAGCCUAUUAAACCUCCUGCAACCAAGGAGGCCCCUUAAACCUGUGAGAAAAGAGAGAAAGAGGGUGUCUCAGGGUGUGAAAGGAGAUGAGGUCCACAUCCUUAUCAAUGUCAUUCAGGCCUUCAACAUUCCAGUGCGACAAACAUCAGCUAUUACAUCUGAAACUUCCAUGGACAGUCAGUUUCAAUCCACCAUUGAAGAGUCUGUCAGACCCUUCAUUGAAAUCAGCUUCCAGAAAUUUACAGUUCGUACUCACUGUGCAGACGGCCCGAAUCCCAGUUUCAACGAGGAACUUCUCAUUCCAUUCAGGACAUCAAAUCACAAUUUGACACCCAAGAACUUGCAGACAGUCACCGAUGUUAUUCAUCUCACAAUAUUUGAUGAAGUUCAUGUUAAUAUCCUUCAGGAUGAUACAAAACAAGACACAGAGAUCCAUCAAAGAGUUGAGAAAAAGUGGCUAGGCACCCUCAAGAUACCUUUCUCUACCAUUUACUACAACGGCAAAAUUGAAGGAACUCUACAGUUGAAUACUCCACCUCUUCUUCUCGGCUAUUGCCAACCAAAGAACCACCCUACAGACAUGGAUUCAAUAUUGAUGCCAUUAACUGAUUCCUACAUCACCCUGUUCAUCACCUUACAGCCAACCCUUAUUCCGCCAGAGCCCUUCAAGGAGAGGUUUGACAGUAACGAAGAUGAGAAACUUCUGCAGUACUGUGAUGUCUGGCAGCGUCAACUGGAGGCCAAAUGGUCCAAAAGAGUAUACAAGACCACAGUCACAGACAUCCUAGGUAAAGCAGUGUUUGUCACUCGUUUCUUCAAGCCGCUCCUGCCACCAAAGGAGAUAACAACUGGUAAAACUGGCAUUGCUGCAGCUCAAGCUGUAGCCAAGUACGUGUCCCUCAUCCCACAUGUGCCGGAAUGCAGGGCUUUACCAGAAUGUUGUGAUAUCUGGACUACAUGUGAUCAAUUCCUACAGAUGUUGGCUGGAGACAGUGACGAACACAGCAUCCUGUUGACAAACUACUUCCUUGGACUUGGCAAGACAGCCUAUUUUGGUUUAGGCAGUGGUAUUCCCAAUGGUGUCACGUCAUGUGUAUUGACGAUGGAGGAAAAUGGCAGCUGUUUGCUUUGGAACUACAAAGACGGUAGAUUUUACUACACUUACACAAGUUACCUCCCCUUGCACAACCUAGGUUGUCUGAUAAACAACAAAAAUAUAUGGGCCAACGUCCAGAUGUAUGACAAUCCCACUCGCAUGACUUUCAACAUUGAUGAUGCAUCUUGCUGGAAACCGUUUUUCCAUUCCAACUAUCCAAACCCUGGAUUGUCUUCAGUACAGGUCGACUCUCUAGACUAUACUGACACAGAUGACAGCUAUGUGAAGGAACUCCAAGACAAGAUCGAGAAAUGCCUGAAGAACAAAUUUUCUGAUUGGCGAAGGAAACACCUGACGAGAUGGAAUCGUUAUUUCACAAUGAUCAUCCGGAAGAUUCUGCCCAAGUUGGAGGAAAAUUGUACAAGUGCUACCAUUAAGGAACAUAUCACAGACAUUGAACAUUCUUGGUCUUCUUAUAAGAUCUCUGGCUCCCCAAUCAAUAUGUCCUUUACAGACAUCCCAUCCGUUGUCCAAUCAAUCUACGAAAUGGGAAUACACAGCUACGACACCAGCAAUGUGGAGUUUGCCCUCGCUGUCUACGUCCACCCUUACCCCAAUAACAUUCUCUCUGUCUGGGUAUAUGUUACAGCCUUGGUGAAAAUGCGAUAAAACCAAACCGUAAUUGGGUGGAACAGGUUAGUAAAGGUUAAGGGUCUUAGUAGUGGUAUUGGGUUAAAGAGAGAUGUUUGAGAGGUUGUUGGUGGUAAGGGAUAGACAAGCAUUGGGUAAUUAUGUUUCACAGGGUUUUCCUUUUCUGUAGUCUGGCUGUAGAUGAUAUCUUGAUAGGGUGGUAGCUCUUGACAGCUAAGUAGACUGAGACCAGUACUAUACAUACAUAUAUAUAUAUAUAUAUACAGGAUUGUCUGAACAACAUUAUUGACUCCCAGGUACAGAAAUACAUGGUACCUCUAGCAUUUAUUUAUUGAUGACAAGCCAAAGCAUACAUUGAAGAUUAGCACUUGGACCCCAAGGGUAACUGCCAGAAUGCUUAUCCCAUAAAUGACAAUCACUGUAAUUUUGUAGGAAUACUUCCUGCCUACCUAUCUACCUACCUACCUUCUUAUCUAUCUGUCUGUCUGUGUGUUUUUCCUUCUAUCUGUCUGCACACAGGCAUGUGUAUAUAAGCAUGAAUAUAGAUGUAUGUACACAUACGCACACACACACAGUGAAUUGGUAGUCAUUAUUCUUUCUGUGUAAAACAGAAACAAAAGGAAGAGAAUUUCAUUGAAAAAUUUAAGUGAAAGAUUUACAAAUAAUUGUCAAUGAAGUGAAAAUCAAUUAUUUUUUUCUUCUUUCUGAGGAACUGAAAGAUAUUUUGAUGUAGUGGGAAUUUCAGCCAAAAUUUUUGAACUUUAACCCCUGCUCCUCUGUUCAAUUUACAUCUCAUCAAUACAACACAACAUACCAUUAAAAUAUCAAACAGACUCUGACUGUUUGAUAUUUUGGGCUCUGACUGCUGCUAAUUGCUCCUGUAUAUCUGCCACAUACAAAGACUUUAUUAAUUGUCAGUCCACCUGUGAUCUUACUACACCUCUUGUGCCUAUAUACAUACAUCAGGGGUUCUCAACCUUUUUUUUUUACCUAUGAACCCGUUUUAUUCUGGUGGAACCCCAUAGACAUUGAAAUUAGUUUUAUAGAUAUUUCUUUCAAAAUUCCUAUUUUGUUUUUCACUCAUUCACUUGUGUAGGGGGGUUGCAAUAGAACUUUCUAAGGGAACGUGUUUCAGUGGUGGGAAACAUGUUGAACUACGUAAAACAUUAGAGAAAGAAACCUAGUUGUUUCAUGCAAGAAAUACAUCUAAAGAACAAAUCAUUUUUCACGAACCCUUAAAAUACUAUUGUGAGUCCCCAGUUUACUAUUUUGAUUGUCUGGAUCUCCCAAAAUCUUAUACAACCCCCAGGGGUCACUCAGACCCUGGUUGAGAACCACUGGUAUACAUAUACACUUAUAUAUAUUGUAAUUAAGAAUCAAAUACUGUUGUUUACAUUUAAAAAAAAAAGAUCUGUCCAUGAAAUAUUUUUACAUUUCUGUCAAUAAAGAAAAGAUUUUCUUGUUUUAAAACAUC